AUGUCUGCGGUGCUCGAAGCUUGGAAAGCCGUGUCCUGGCCAUAUACUGAAUGUUGCAGCUACGACAAGAAGCGAAAGUUCGUGGACGAAGGUGUUUCGCUGCGCAAGAAGUUUCAAGGUGCUACAGGUGGCGAAUCCGAGGAAAAUGAUGCAAGUGGCUAUGCUGGAAUCCUGCUGGUCACAACACUGUCAGGCUGA